AUGGCUUCCGACACGUGCCCGACGAAGCUUGAACCGACCUUGUCUUUCACCCAAGGGCUCAUCGUCGGCCAGCUCUCCGUCGUGCUCCUCAUAGCCGCCUUCAUAAAGUUCUUCAUAUUUGGCGACCCGCCCUCGCCCGAGGUAACCGCCUCGAUCCGCGCCACCGAACGCCGGUCCCGCACCCUCGCCCACAAACAGUCGCUUCUCACGCUGCGGACGCCGAACGCACGACAGCCACCGCAACAGCAGCAACAGCAGCAGCAACACCCGACGCUGAAUAAGAAGAAGUCGAGCAUCCUGCGCAACCCCCCGCCGCUGACCAUCGGGUCCAUCCUCAACAAGACCUACUACAACGUCGACAGCCACCAGCCCGAGUCGCUGGACUGGUUCAACGUGCUGGUCGCCCAGACCAUCGCCCAGUUCCGCAGCGACGCCCAGCACGACGACGCCAUCCUGACCUCCCUGACCAAGGCGCUCAACGGCACCAGCCGCCCGGACUUCCUCGACGAGAUCAAGGUCACCGAGCUGACGCUGGGCGAGGACUUUCCCAUCUUCAGCAAUUGCCGUGUUAUACCUGUGGACGAAGACGGGCUGAGCCUCGACGCCCCUACCGGCGGUGCAGGUGGUCAUGGCGGCGGCCAGGGCAAGCAGUUCCGGUUCGACGCGCACAGCGUGCGGGCCAUGAUGGAAGGGUCGCGGCUGCAGGCGCGCAUGGACGUCGACCUGAGCGACAUGAUCACGCUGGCGCUCGAGACCAAGAUGCUGCUCAACUACCCGCGGCGGCUGACGGCGGUGCUCCCCGUGGCGCUGGCCGUCAGCGUGGUGCGGUUCAGCGGGACGCUGAGCAUAUCCUUCAUCCCGUCGAACCCGUCGCAGUCGACGCCGACCAUGAUGACCUUCAGCUUCCUCGACGACUACCGGCUCGACUUCUCGGUGCGCAGCCUCGUCGGCAGCCGCUCGCGCCUGCAGGACGUGCCCAAGAUCGCGCAGCUCGUCGAGCACCGCCUGCACCGCUGGUUCGACGAGCGCGCCGUCGAGCCGCGCUUCCAGGAGAUCGCCCUGCCGAGCCUGUGGCCUAGGAAGAAGAACACGCGCGGCGGCGACGAGGGCCUCGACGGCAUCGCCUCCUCGGGCAGCAUGAGCAUGGGCAAGGGCAAGGGCCGCGAGGUCGCCAAGGACCUGCGCGCCGAGGCGCGCAAGGAGGUCGAGGCCGACCCGGCGGGCGCUCGGCGCGAGAUGAGCCCGGAGAAUCUCAGGUUCAGGCGCAGCCGUGGCAGAGACGACGGCACGGGCACAGGGACCUUCAGCAUGCCAGGGAGCCUACCCGGCCUGGGGCUGGAUCUACAGACCUGA